AGGUGGGUAAUAAUAUGCCCGCCAUGACGUACACAUUUACUGCAUGAGUCCUGCAUUUGGCUAGGCACCAACCUUUGGACGCCGCGGGCGCAGGUGCCAAACAUGUGGGAAUGGGCUGCUGAAAGGCGCCCAGUCCGAUGGUGCAGGACAUCGCCUUUGCUGCUACUUCUCAUUCACUACCUCAUACAGAGUGUCCGUGCAUGGGUGCUAGUGUCGCGAGAGGGCGAGGUGACCCUCCUAGGUCCAGUGGACAUUGAUCCCUCCUUCAACCAAGACGCGAAGCUCACAUUUAGAUCAAAGGGUGCAAGGCAAUGGAGCAUCGGAGUGGAUACAGUCCAAAGACCAAUGGACAUUGUCAUCAUGUCCGAAAGACUGGGCGGUCAGACUCCGUACAUGGUCAUCACCCAGGAGCAGGAGGCGUUCUUCAACAUGUCCCUCUCUGUUAUAGACCAGGUUCAGCUUGGCUCGACCAUCUCCGUAUUCGACGCAGCAGUGCUUGGCAGCACGCUGUCUGUCCUAUCGGAUGUCAGGCUUGGCAGCUCCUUGUCUGUCUUCGAUGCAACUGUUCUAGGAAGCAUACUCUCCACGUAUGCAGGGGCCUGCUUCGGCAGCACCCUCUCCGUAGCAGACCAGGUGGACUUUGGUAAGUCACUCUCAGUCAAGGACUUUGUCCGUUUUGGCGGGACAAUCUCUGUAGAGUGCAGAUCCAACUUGGGCAGCUCCCUCCCGGUAGCAAGCUUUGCACGACUUGAUAGCACUUUAUUGGUUUUUGGCAUCGUGCGGUUUGGUUUCUUCAUGUCCGCCAAGGAUUUUGCCACACUGGCGAGUUCGCUCUCCGUGGCAAAUUUUGCUCGGCUGGGUUUCACAGCGCCAGUCUACGACUUUGCUCGGCUUGGCCUAUCGCCUUUUGCCUUGGACUUUGUCCAUUUUGGAAGCACAUUUUUAAUGUGUAGCUUCACGUGA